CCCAAGUCGUUAAUUUAAAUUAAUUUGCAGAACAGCUAGGCUCAGCUGCUAUUUACAGCUGUUUGACCUAGACACCCUGAUCUUGCUGCGGAGGCCGCGGAGCGCCAGCGCCGGCCCCUGUCCCGCGCCAUGAGUCCUGCCUGGCGGGGCGUCCCCGCAGCGCUGCGCCUCCUCGGAGGGCUGCCUCUGCUGCUGCUGCUGCUGCUGCUGCUGCUGUGUCCACACGCUUCUUGGGGUGACUGCAAGUUUCCCCCAAAGAUGCCUAAUGCUCAAGCAGCAUUGGAAGGUGUUACAAAUUUUCCUGAAGGAAAGUUAGUAACGUACAAAUGCAAUCAAGGGUUUGUUAAAAUUCCUGGCAAGCCAGACUCAGUGAUCUGUUUUCAGGGCGAAUGGUCAGAGAUUGAAGAAUUUUGUAAUCGUAGCUGUGAUGCCCCAACCGGGCUAAGAUUUGCAUCUGUCAAAUACCCUUAUAACAGACAAAGUUAUUUCCCAAUGGGUUCCGUUGUGGAAUACGAGUGUCGUAAGGGCUACAUAAGACAUAAUUCCCUACCAGGGACUGUAACUUGCCUUCAGAAUUUUACAUGGUCCAAAGCAAAUGAAUUUUGUAAAAAAAAAUCAUGUCCUGAUCCUGGAGUAAUAAUAAAUGGUCAUGUCAUUAUAACAACUGACAUAUUAUUUGGUGCAUCCAUCACCUUCUCAUGUGAUACAGGGUACGACUUAGUUGGUAUAGCUUCUAGUUACUGUAUUGUUAAAGGAGAUAAUGUUGACUGGAGUAGUCCAUUGCCAGAGUGCAAAGAAAGUUCUCCAAUUUCCAAGGUCACACCCACUCCUCAGAAACCCACCACAGUGGAUGUUCCAGGUACUAAAGCACCAUCAACUCCUCAGAAACCCACCACAGUGGAUGUUCCAGGUACUAAAGCACCAUCAACUCCUCAGAAACCCACCACAGUAAACUUCUCAACUACAGAAGCUGCUUCAGCUCCUCAGGAACUCACCACUGUAAAUAUUCCAGCUACAGAAUUCCCCUCAUCUCCUCCGAAACCCAUCACAGCAAAUGUUCCAGCUAUAGAAGCCAUAUCAACUCCUCAGAAACCCACUAAAAUAAAUUCUUCAGCUACAAAAACCCUACUAAUUCUGCAGGAUUCUACCUUACAUGAUCUAACUGUUUCUCAGAAACACACCUCAAAUAUUUCAGUUAUGGAAACCCCAUCAACUCCUAAGAAACCCAUCACAGCAAAUGAUUCAGUCACAAUAGCCAAAGUAUCCCCUGUAUCAAAUGCUCUGUCUACAAACAACCUGCCAGCAGCCCAGACUCCCAUGAUGGCAAAUUCUUCUGCUAUACAAGCCACACCCAAAACCCAAAGACUCACAACAAAAAAAGCUUCAUUUACACAGCAUGUUCCAGUAACACAAAAAUUCACUGCUGUACAUGCUCCAGUGAUUAAGAGCCUCCACACAACACAAGGACUGACCUCUGCUCAUAUUUCAGCAACACAGACUCACAGGACAACCAUACCUGUUCGCGCGACAACGACACGUUUUCAUGGAAGAAGCACGCCUAAAGGAAAAGGAACCCCUUCUUCAGGGGUCAGCAGCAUUAUAUAUGGACUUGUUGCUGGUACUAUAAUAACUGGUAUCAUAAUUCUAGGCAAAAUUUUCUGGGACUAUGGAAAAUCAGGGACACACAUUUGUAAUACUGACAGUUUUGCUUAUGACGCUAGCAGCUGUUGGCUAUUUGACCUAACCAAAGAAGACAUAAGAAGAAAAUGUACACAAAGGCACAGAAUAUUUCUAGUUUCUUAUAAGUUUCUGGAGCCGUGGACACAAUAUGUGCAGUAGUGCCCUUCAUUUUGCACAUUUUCAUUGUCUUUAAGGUACAUAGAAAUGUCACUGAAGCAAGAAGAAACGAACCUGUCCUGGAAUUACAUUCUCAACACUUCUAAACCUCUUAAAAAUAGAACAACUCAUAACACUGAGAGUGACUACUUUCCUAAAAGUGUAGGAAAGCGUAGAGAUCUGUUUAUGCUCAGAAAGUGAGCGUGAGGAAAAGGAAAUAAAUGAUUUUUACAUUGGAUAUGUAAUGUUAUUUUUACUUACAAAAAAUAAAAAACUAAAAACAUUAAUUGGAUAUUGAAAACAAAAAAAGAUAUUGCCCAGUCUUUUCUGGGCAAAAAUGUCAAAGAGAGAUUAACCGAUUUAUAAAAUAAUCCUUCUUGACUCUAUGGCAUUUUAUCUUUCUUUAUUCUAGUAAAAUACAUAUAAAUGGGUUGGCAAAAUAUUUUAAAUGAAAAACAUGUUAAUGGCCCGGAGUGUUAAGUUUCUUGGGUUAGUUGGUGGCAAAGGAGAAGUAUAUAAUGAAGAAAUAAUUCUUUCUUUGUCACAUAAGUACAGGUAAUUAACAAGAAUUUAACCCCUUGUAAGAUGAAUCAGUGACAAUUUUAAUUUUCUUCUUAGGACAAUCUUUCUUUUUGUAAAAGAAUCCUAGGAAAGGGUGAAAGGAUGGAAGGUGUCUUUUUAUUAACUUCUUUAAAAAUAUCCAGAGAUAUUACAAUAUUAACAUAAGAUUCUGUAUUUCUGAAGUGAUCCUGAAUUGUAAAUCUUAUUUUUUGUAAUAUUAAGGUUAUUUAUAUUAAGUUACAUCAGUGAACACAUUGGUUUUACAUGUAUAACAAGAAAUGUUCAAGAAGAUAUGUAAAGAAAAAUUUAUUUUCCUUAAAUGCAAU